CGGUCUGAGCGAGGGACAGGUCCCGCCAGAGCCCAAAGGACUUCGACCGACCGCUCUCUACCGAUGCCUGCACACCUCCUACCGGCUUGGCUGUCUUUGGAUCGCAACUGGCUCCUGAAAUUUUAAAUAGGGGCAUCGCGCCGCCCCUAACCUCCAGAACGGCCCUUCUCCCCGCCCUCAAGCUUUUGGGCGAAUAGGCUUCUGGUAACGACAGGAACCCCGCCCCUGAACUCUCCUCAGCUUCCUCCUCAGAGAUCCCUAGGUCUCACCUUCCGUGAACCCACCACAGGUGAAGAAUUAUUACUACUAGGAGCACUAACGUUGCUUUGCACAAAUAACUGACCUUGGUCUGCUUACCUGCUGUGCAGCAAAGCCAGUUUACUGAUGGUGAGAAAUGCAAAGUACACCUGCAACCAGCGGCUCAGGAAGAUCAAGGUGGACACCAGGCCUUGGCUCUCACUUCUACCAUUCUGUUACCAGAAACAGAAAACGUCAAAGAAAGGACAAUUAAAAACACACAUUUUUGCCAGACAUCAACAGCAAUAUGCCACUUCCAGAGAUGCAUCCCUAUACCAACAAGACUCAAAAAAUGGAAAUUACUCUAAAGGCACACCCUUGAGCAACCAUCACACUGUACUGAGCUCCUGAGAAUAUUCUGGAAGCAUCACUGUGAACAGUUGCUUCUCUAUAAGAGAAAAGUGAAAUUAAGCAGAAGCAGUAGCUUCUGUAUGGAGAAACACGGUUUGAGACUUAGUAUCCUUUUCUACUGCAACAGGUUUACCAACCACUACAUUCCUCUGGAGUUUAGACUCUGUGGAUCCUUGAGUAUCACUCCGCUUUUUUUUUUUUUUUUUUUGAAAUUACGAAAUACCUUCUGUAUACGAUAUGGCGGGAAGAGAAAGUUUGGAAAUUAAAUGCCUAAGACUGCAGCUAACCCAGAUGACAUACAUGCAAUAGCAUUACUUGAAGAACUUAUUCAACCCAAUCCUUUGCAUCUUUGUAACCAAGGCACAAAACCUCUCCAAAUUUUGCACCAAAAAAAGAGAAUGCAAGGGUCGUGCUGCAGCUCCUGGGACGCACUGAACGCUGCCUUGUUACAAGUGUAUCCAAAGUCCCCAGCACCAGGGACUUGGGGGGAACUACUUCUCUCUGCUUCACUGUCCCUGAAGCUUUCAGAGGAGGUGGUUGCGCUAUGAAGGCAGACCGUACCAAGCAGGCCGACAAGAUGCUUCGUACCCCCAAGUGCUCGCGGUGCCGGAACCACGGCUUCCUGGUACCAGUCAAGGGCCACGCGGGCAAGUGCCGCUGGAAGCAGUGCACCUGCAAGAAGUGCUUCUUGAUCAGCGAGCGCCAGAAGAUCAUGGCUGCACAAAAGUUGCUCAAGAAGCAGGCCCCUGAAGAGGAGCAGGAGGUGGCCCUGUGUGCACAGGAACCCCAGCUGGCCUCCGGGAGCGCAGCCGCCAACCCGGGCCCAAGCUUCUACCCGCUGCCUCCGCUUGCCGUUUUGGGAGACGCGCAGCCGGGCCCUUCGGGCCAAGCGGCCGCCUGCUUCCCGGAGAGGCCCCCGCGGGGCUGGAGCCCCGGCAUGAGUGCCUUCCAGCCCAUUCUGGGCGGCCGCAAUUGCGGCCACAUGGGCCUGAGCGAACAAGCCGCCAGGGCCAGGCCCAGUUCUCUGGAGCCCCAGCUGGCGGCGGAGGCCACCGGCCGGGGCUACCCCGGCUGCCUGGAGCUGCGCAGACCGCCGCAGCCUGUGCCCAGCCCGCUGUUCACCAACUUCGGGCUCCCUCUGAGCAUCAAUUCAGAUUCUGUGGUGGGGUCUGAGUACCUGGAGAGAGAACCUCCCAAGCUGUACCCCAGCUGCUCCAGCAUGCAUCCCUACGGCCCUUUUCCGCUGGGCUACCAGGGUGCGUCCCCAGCCUCGGGGCCCCCUCUGCAGCAGGGUUUCGGGCAUGUGUCCUAUAGCCACUACAAUGGAGGAGGCUUGGUGGCGGAUCCCAUGGGAGACUUCCAGCCGAGCUACUACCCGCCGCUGGCACCAUCGCAGCAGCCCCACUUCCUCCCGCCGGGCUUGCUCUCUGCGCUCCACUUCUUCGGGCCGCCGCCGCCGCCGCCGCCGCCGUCUCCAGCAAGCUUCUCGCUGACCAUCCUGUCUGACAUGGACAGGGAGAACACCGAUGACCAGGAUAUGGAGGGGCCGAUCGAGCCCAGCCAGCCAUCGUCCCAGGAGGAGUCCGACUAGGCCCAGGCCCUCAGGCCGGCA